CCUCCGAGCCUGGGAUUUAUUGCCCUGAGCAUCCGCGGGAGGCAAAGUCCAGGGGUGGAGGGAGGCACGGCGCGGGGGGUGACUCACAGCCACCCGCUGCCACCCCUGCUGUCACACCCGUGCGGUGCCAUGCUGAGCCCUGCCCUGCCACGAGUCUCUGUCCCCAGCACCCAGCUCAGCAGCACCUGGGUGAGGGGGCAGCCACCAGCCCCCUGUCUCCUAGUGAUUCCAACACAGGCUAUGACACCCCACUUUGCUUGGGGACAUGCCAUCCCAGCAGUCAUGUCCCCCAUCACCCUGUUUGGAUGUCCCCAAGACCCUCUCCCCUCCAGUAUGUGCCCUCUUCUGCCACCCCAAAACUUUGCUGGGGGUGAAUGGGUGCUUCUGGAUGCAUGGUGGGAUCGUGUGUGCUGUCCCCUGCUGUCCCUUCAUCUGCCACCAGCCUCUCCAGGCUCUCUCAGUGGGUACCAGCCGGUCCAGGAGGGCUCUGGAGCCCCCUGACCAGUUGGAGUGAACCCAAAGUGAUUCACAUCAGACAACAGAUUCCAAAUUCUCACCCAGGCCUGAUGCAGGAUGAAGUCGGAGGUGAGGGGUUCUCAUGCUGGGAGGCUGGGAGGCAAAUGCAUGCAGUAAUGAACAAUCUCAGAAGGAUGCCAGCAUCGGGGCAGGAUGGGGAGAGGAGGCUGGAGCACCAUCAAACAAUUAGGAAGGUGGCAAUUACUAGUCUAAUGAGACAUCAGGUUGAAUCCUAAAAGCAUCAAGAUUCUUUCACAGCAAGAUGUAACUGCUGCAGUGUUUGUCCUCUGGGGUAUUUGCCUGGACAAAACAUUUCCUUUCCCGCAAGACCAACAGAAUUUUGACGGGAGAAGAGGCAGCCUGUGUGCAGCUGCCCAGUGCUCUCAGUGCCUGAUCCGUGAUUGUGCAGAAAUACCCUCAAAACCAGCUUUAUUUGGGGACAAAUAGGCUACUUGGAGCUUCUGAGGACGUGGAGACCCCAAUUUUCCUCACUGGAGAAGAUUGUGGCGAGGAGCACCGGAGGGAGGGAGUGUGCCCUGCUCAGAUACACCAACAGCUUGGCCCCAAGGAAAGGUAGGGGGUUGAGACCAGAGUCCAGCCCUGGGCACUGCUUGUGUCUCCCUUGAUGUCCCCAAAGCCCCUCUCACCUGUCCUCAAUCAGGAUGACUGGAUUGAUCCAACCCUCCCUCUGCCCUCACCUCACCUCUAGUCACCCCAUAGCCCCCUGUCCCCAGCCCUGAUGUGCCACCUCACCAGAACCCCUCUCCCUGUCACAUCCCCUGGGGUCCUACUAAUGCCCCUCUGCUCUGACCACAGCUGGGGACCUCAUCCCACCUUCUACAUGGAGCUGACCCAGAUGUCCCCACCUCCCUCAUCUCCUGUGAUGGACACCGAAGGAGAUGAUUCCUGUGGGAUCAAUGUCACCGAUGUGGCCAUGGACGGUGUCACGCUGUUCAUCUGCCUCUAUGGGCUGGCUGGGAAUGGGGCUGUCCUCUGGCUCCUCGGGUUCCACAUCCGCAGGAACCUCAUCACCGUCUAUAUCCUCAACCUGGCAGUUGCUGACUUCACCUUCCUUCUCUUCAUGUUCCCCUACUCCCUUCUCUACCUGCUGGAUGACGUGUCCUGCUCCACUCUUGUGUCCCUGAAGUACCUGAGGUCCCUUCUCCUGCUGUCCCUGUUCUCCUACAACAUGGGGCUGUACCUGCUGGCAGCCAUCAGCAUUGAGAGGUGUGGCUCGAUUCUCUUUCCCCUCUGGUACCGCUGCCACCGUCCCAAGCGCCUGUCAUGGGUGGUGUGUGCCCUGCUCUGGGCACUCUCCAUCGCUGUCAUGGUCGUGGUGACCUCCCUGUGCCUGUCACACGAGCACGAGCACUGCCAGGUGGCUCUCAUCUCCAUGUACGCCCUCAGCUUCCUCAUCUUUGCUCCACCCAUGGUCAUCUCCAAUGUGAUCCUCUUCAUCAAGGUGCAGUGUGGCUCCAAGAGACGUCAGCCUAAGAGGCUCUAUAUCGUUAUCUUCCUCACUGUGCUCUUCUUCCUCACCUUUGGAGUGCCCCUCAGCCUCUGGAAUUUCCUGCAGCAGCUCAACCACACCGUUGUGUCCUCCCAGGUGGUUUUCCUGCUCGCCUGCAUCAACAGCAGCAUCAACCCCUUCAUCUACUUCUUGGUGGGGAGCUGCUGGAGGCACUGCUCCAUUGUGUCCCUCCAGGUUGCCUUCCAGAGGGUCUUUGAGGAGACAGGGAUCACCAUAACCUCCAGCUGAGAGGCCACUGUGGUCCCACCAGCCAUGCUGCCCACGCCAGCUUCAUGCUCAGCUGCCCAUCCUUACUCCCAGCCAGGCCUGCAGGUCAUCUUCCUGUGAGUCAGGAUGCAUCCAAAAGCUUCUCCCACCCCUUUUCCCAUUCUACUGAUCCAUGUUGUUGUGUCCA